AUGUCUUUUCUAACAAACAAUGUGUCGCGCUCGACUUUUCGACGGAAAUUGCCCACAACACUUGUACCGACCAGAUCUGCAUACCCCAAGGCAUUUCAACGGGGCGUUCACGCACCCGCAACAGAAUUCCUCCAGUCCUACAAUGUUGACUGGUCUGAAUCACAAAUCACAGUCAGAGACGCCAUUGCUAAGAUUUGUUCACGUUACACGGACGAGUACUGGCUUGAGAAAGACAACAAGCAUGAGUUCUCUCUUGAUCUCCAUCGUGACCUCGCAGAAGCUGGAUGGCUAGGAAUCUGCAUGCCYGAAGAAUAUGGAGGGUCUGCGCUUGGAAUUUCUGAAGCAUCCGUUAUGAUGCAAACGCUGUCUGAAUCAGGAGGCGGCAUGGCAGCCGCAUCUUCUGUUCACAUGAACAUAUUCGGAUUGGAGCCAGUGGUGAAGUUUGCUACUGAAGAGCAAAAGAAGCGAUGGCUUGUUCCCCUUAUCAAAGGCAWGGAACGAGCUUGUUUUGGAGUAACGGAACCGAAUACUGGUCUGGACACUUUGAAGCUCCAAUCACUGGCUACCCGUAAUUCAGAUGGAAAGUCAUACAGUGUCAGUGGAAGCAAAAUCUGGACUUCAACUGCUCAGACAGCUCAGAAAAUCCUCCUUCUUGUGAGGACCACUCCACUAGAGGAAGUUAAGAAACCUACGCAAGGUCUUUCACUCUUCUACACAGACCUUGAUAGGAAGGCCGUGCAAGUUACCGAAAUUCAAAAGAUGGGUAGGGCUUCAGUAGACAGCAACAUUCUGUUCUUCGAUGGCUGGCAAGUUCCCGCAGAAGAUCUGAUUGGAGAGGAAGGGGAGGGAUUCAAGCAAAUCAUGCACGGUAUGAAUGCAGAGCGUAUUCUCAUCGGUGCCGAAGCUCUUGGUCUUGGAUUCUGCUCUUUGAGGAGAGCGGCAUUGUACGCCAAGGAACGUAACGUAUUUGGCAGGCCCAUUGGCAAGAAUCAGGGUAUACAGCAUCCACUCGCAGACUCCUGGAUGAAAGUCGAAGCCGCGAGAUUGAUGGUAUACCAGGCGGCGCGCAUGUAUGAUCAAGGACACUCAACUGGAGAGUACGCCAAUGCGUGCAAGUAUCUCGCUGCAGAUGCUGCAUACGAAGCGGCAGAACGRGCAGUUUUGACUCAUGGCGGAAUGGGCUAUGCCAAGGAGUAUCAUGUUGAGAGGUAUCUCAGAGAAGCGAUGUUGCCCAGACUCGCGCCAGUGAGCAGAGAGAUGAUCCUCAAUUAUAUCGGCGAGAGGGUUCUUGGACUGCCUCGAUCGUAUUGA